CACAACAAAAGUGUUAAAUCUAGCUUUUUGGCGGCCGUACAACUUGGGUUUGAAUACAAGAUACAUGUGUUAUAAAGUGAUUGUGUUGGAUGGUUUCACAAAGUGUUUAAAAGAUAGGCCCUUCGUCCCCUCCCCCCUGUAGUAUAAUGUCGAGGUCCUUGCUCUGAAGGUUACAUCUGACGUCUCGAUACCCGCCCCGACAAGGUAUAGUUGCACCGCACCCAGUUAAUCACUGCAGAAAGGUAGCAGAGGAUUUGAGAAAUACACGUAUCGGAAGAACACACCAUCAUGAGGACUUACGUUGGUUUUGCUCUUGCUCUUGCUGUCCUGUUCAUCGCAAGUCCAGUGGAAGGAGGAAAGAAACCACAAUGCAGUGCUAUGGUUUAUCCUAAUGUUGACUGCACCAGCUGCACGUACAAUAAUGCUCCUGUAGCAACGGCUUCAACGUACAAGAAGAAGACCAUCUGCACCUGUGAAUGCGAUUUUGGCUGCGUGAGAAGCAGCGGCAAAGCAGUGAGGGAGUGUAAAAUCAGGCCUAGGCGUUGGAGCCCCUCCCCCAGACUUGAGUGCAGUUGCAGGUCUUGUGCCGGUCCACCGACACCACCCUUCGACUACACAUCUAGUGACUGCACCGGGGGACCAUUUGGUUUCGGCACUAUCUGUACGUUCGAAUGUCCGGCCACCCACACUGUUACAGUCCCAGACGAAAACAGGCAGCACUACUGUGAGGACGGUAGAUGGGUGCCUCAUGGGAACGUACUAGAUGGAUGCGCUCUAAAUGGAGGAUGGUCUGACUGGGUGGAUGGCGGAUGUAGCGUGACCUGCGGCAGCGGCACCCAGACCCAGACCCGUACCUGCGACAACCCGACACCCGAAGCAGGAGGCGCUGAGUGCACCCGGGAGGACAGCACAAUGACGACAUCGGCAGACAGGGUUGAGACCAAAUCGGGCGUCGCAUGCGAUUUGGCUCCCUGUCCUCCGGUGGAUGGAGGAUGGUCCGACUGGGUGGAUGGCGCAUGUAGCGUGACCUGCGGCGGCGGCAUGUACACCCGUACCCGUGACUGCAACAACCCCGCACCCGCAAACGGAGGCGCUGAGUGCACGCUGGAGGACGGCACAAUGACGGCAGAGGGUGACAGGACUGAGACCGUGGAAUCCGGAUGCAACGAGGACGCCUGCCCGACCGGAGAAGUGCCUACGGUGUUGCCGACAGGAAGCGCUUGAGCGGUAUGACUGCUUGACUGACCAAACGAGCACCAAGAGGACGAGUGUCAUAUUCAACCAGAAGAAACAGUAGAACCCUUUCCCUCAAGCUAAGAGUUAACAAAAGUAUCUGUCGCUACUACGGACGAACAGAUCAUCCUUUUGCAUAGUUUGUUUCGCAUCUUCAAAAUAUGAUUAGGGGGGCUAUUCAAAUAGUUUAUAAAAUAAGAUGCAACUCAUAGCUACACUAAAGCGAUGUAAUCGUAUUCUAUCAUAUAAUCUUUUCUUUCAUAUGACGUUCUUUGAGUAUUAUGACGUAGAAAUGUCAUAAGGGUUAUAAAUGUUAAUGCACUUUUUUAGAUAUCUCUGUUAAUUGUGCAAUGAAUGGCAAGAACUCGAAAUAACGCUUGUUGAUAACAGUGAUAGAAUAGAAGUUUAUAGUAAACUAUACGCUCAGCCUCCUUAGUGCAAUCUCUCACUCCUUUGUCCGUCCCUUAUAUGGUCAUUUUGACCUCGCCGUUUUCGGUCACGUUUGCUUUACCUCCAGCGUUUUUUUUCCUGUUAGCAUAUCAAUUCUUAUCAUAACCACUACCAAAUACCAUUUGUUUAUGGUCAAUAGACCAACUCCAGAGCCCCACUGUCCUUCGUCAAAACGUAACAUGCAAAUUACGAACUUAGAAAAUGCAAAUAUUUCAUUGGUCAUACCGCAGAUUGGCAUUCCCAUGAAUCUGUUAGACUGCUUUCGGUGAUGAGGAUAUCAGUAUUCAUAAUAAUUUACAUAAUAUAAGUAUAAAAAUAUAUGUAGAUCCUUACAUAUAAAGAUAUAUAACGUUAUAGAAAUAUAUAGCAAUGAUCACAGUGAAUUUGUUACUUGCGAAUUGGUUCUCUAGUACAGUUUUUACGUCCAAAUUAUCAGGCCGAAUGGAAAGAAAAGAAUGAUUAUUCAAAUUCAUAUUCAAGAUGUCAUUUUGAAAGGAAACAAAAACAGUCAAGAAAACAAACCGAAGACACAAAAAGUCAGAUUUAUGAACUGUUUGAUCUUGCAUUAGGCUGGUUCGCACCAAAUCAUCCAAUGGGCACGACUCAUGUAGGUCAUUUGCAUAGUUGUGGCCUAAUUUGCAUGUUCAGGACACGUCACCCUAAGCGACAUCUUUGCUCAAACCUAGGAGGCCAUUAUAACUUUAUAACUCCCUUCAGAGAAAACAAAUUAUCCCUAAAGCACUAUGAAAUGUUCAACCAUUUGGCAAAAAAAUGAUUAAGAAAACAUCCACCCAUUGUCUUUGGACUCAUAUCUAAAUUCAAGAACGACAAAAUUUAUGUUGAACCAACUAUUAUUUCGAAACUAUAUUAUACCGUUAGAGAUGCUAUUACCGAAUUAUAGUAAUAUUUUUUUGCAAUAUAUACAACAUAUAUUAGAAAUACAAUACAAAUAGUAUAUGAUAUACAGGUGCGCUUGGCAUGCUUCGAAAUCAUAGCAAUGAAAUUAUUAUCAUCGGUACCAAAGAAUAAAACUGCAAUAACAGAGUCAUAUUAUAUCUAACGCUAGUUCACCUUUAUCUGCGAGGUGACCUAUAUCCCUUGUAUUUAAAGACAGGGUUUUUAGGGAUAUCAAGUCGAUGGACGGUGGUUUAAAACUGAAAUAUUGUGAAAAUAUUGUAAUUUGAAACCACCCAUAAACUUCAUAUUCCUAAAUACCCUGUUUUUAAAUACAACGGACAUAAGUUACCCCGCGGAUAAAGGUGAAGUAGGUUGUCACUGAAAAUUUAGAGUUAUAUGUGUAGAAUUGAAAGUAAAAUGUAUGCUUUGAGGCCGAAUUUUGAUUGUAGAGACUGCUUUCUGUAGAUGAAAACACUGCAUAUUAUUUGGGCCUUUCUUGGUACACCUUUUUUCCUAGAGAACUCUCCACCCUACAUUCAAUAAAUAUGUAACGCUGUAGGCUAUAUAGCCAAUGUGGAAAUAUUUAUUAAGACAUACUAGUAUAUAGCAUUGCAUAGAUAAACAUAUUCACCUAGCUACCAGGUACUAGUAAUAUAUUUUUACAAGGCCCAGGCAUAGUAAACAUAUUUACCUGCCUUGGCCUUGUAUAAAUAUGAGAGAACGUAUAAUAGAAAUAUUUACGGAAUUUGCACUUUUAUAGAUCACAUAUUGGUGUAAGAAUCGUGCAAACACUUCGAUUUUGCAACAGAAAAAAAUGAUUCAAACCUGACAUGCUGAUAUUAUGAUGCACCUAAAUGUGAUACAAGAUAUCUCUUCUUGAAAUAGACGCAUGCGCUCUGUCAUGUUUCUACUAUGUAGAUUAAACUUUACUUUCCUGA